UUGCUGGACGAUUGAAAGUAAUAGAACGCAUGCGCAUAUUGUGUCACCGGUAUCCACUUCAUGUUGUAAUCAUUAUCCCUCAGAAUUCAGUGUUAAAUAUAUAAUAGAUUAAAAAGUGAUAAAAUAACAACGAUUAUAUAAAGCAGGAAGAAUUAGCAAGAUAAUAGAGACGUAAUAUAUAACAAGGAGGGGUGAAAUACAGUAUAUAUGUAUGCAUAUAUUCAUAUGUGAAAGGGAAAAGGAGGGAGGGAAACACAUAACACCCCGAGAAGAGGCGCAUUGCAAGACUAAUACGACGCAGAAAGAACGAGAGUGCGCGUCAGUAGGUUUUACCCUGACCUCGGUCAGACAGACAUGGUUUAAUUUAACCGGAUCUCUGCAAACUCACAGUUCAAUCUAUCUUUGCCCACUGGCACGUUCAAAUCCUCGCGACGUUCGCGAUUUAACCUCACUCUUUAUUGGAAGAAAGAAAGGAUAAGCUGUUUUUCCGAUAUCUCAGUAUUUAAGAUGUUAGGGCUACUUUUAUUAGUAGCCAUUCUUGGUACAUCAACAUUUGCCUACAAUGGCGAACUGGUGGAACAAGAAUGUCCCAUGGACUGUCAUUGUCAUUAUUUCCGUGUCAAUUGGGUGACCGAUUGUUCUGAAAGCAACUUGACGAGCAUCCCGAUUGACGAGCUUAGUCCAAAUGUCUACGUUCUAGAUAUGAAUGGUAACAACAUCGCACAGGUUGCUCCAUUUCCACAUUCGAUCAAGCUAAGACGUCUCCAGAUGGCACAUAAUCGAUUGACCGAACUCAAGUAUAAGUCAUUCGCCGGAUUAACUUAUUUAUUGGAAGCGGAUUUUUCCUCAAAUGCUAUCAGUCAUGUUGAUCCCGAAACGUUUAGGGACAGUCCUGGUCUAAUUACGCUGGAACUUCAAAACAACCCUUUGGAAGAGGUUAAGGGUCACUUCUUAAAAUGUCGCACCUUGCUCUACCUCGACUUGAACUCGUGCGGUAUACGCCAUCUGAACACCCAAUUCUUCCACAAUACGACGAAUCUAAAUAAACUCGACUUGUCCCACAAUCCACUUGGACAAAUUAAACCGGGCCCGUUCGACCACCUCGCCAAUUUGGAAUAUCUGAAGCUGAACGCUUGCAACUUGACUCACAUUUCGUCGAUCGCGUUUGCCCAUUUGGAAAAUCUUCGGGAGCUCGAGAUGGCGGAAAAUGACUUGCGCACGUUAAGUUGGACGAGCGUGUUAGCGCCUUUGGUCCGAUUAGAAUAUUUGAACAUCAGAAAAACCGGGAUCACCAAUCUGCCAGGCGAUGCGUUCGCGCAGAACUUGUAUCUCAGACAAUUGGUCCUUGCUGACAACGAAUUGUGGCACUUGGACGUUGGAAAUACGUUGGGUCACAACCUGCACAGCCUUCAAUCGUUGGAUCUGUCUAAUUGCAAUCUGCAAGACCGGCUUUCGGAAGAGGCUUUCAAAAACGCUAGUAAACUGCGCGUGUUGAACUUGAGCGGCAAUCCAAUGUUCGCCGCUGACUUGACGGUUGUUCUGCGCCAUUUGCCGAAACUUCACAAACUUUCGCUGAGCAACUGCAGCCUGCAACGUCUGCCAAACGCUUUCCAUAUUUUCAAACAUUUGGAAGAAUUGGACAUCUCGCAUAACCCUUUGACAAACGCGUUCGUCAGUUUGCUAAACCCGUUGGAAUCGUUGGAAUAUCUGGACAUGUCUUACUGCAACCUUGGCUACGUUGGCAACAACACAUUUGCUCACAUGACUUUCCUGAAGAAACUCAUCUUAUCCGGGAACAAAUUGCACACGCUUGAAGAAGGAUUGUUCGCUAACCUGACGCGAUUGGAGAGUCUGGAAUUGAACAACUGCGAUCUGAAGACUCCCAUUGAUCCCAAGGUGUUCGGUGAUCGCCUCACCACCGACAUCAUCGAGCUCAAACUCAGUGGAAAUUCUUUAGAGGUACCCGACGAUGGCCCCCUCUUACCUACCCAACUGUCCAAUCUCGAAAUCCUCGACCUGAGCAACUGCAAUCUGACCCAUCUGAACGAAAAUCUCUUCACCACGACGAAAAACCUGACCCAAUUAAAUCUGUCCAGCAACACUAUUUCCGGGACAGAGAAUCUAGCCUGUCUGAAGAAGUUACGGAUGCUCGAGCAUCUUGAUCUGAGCAACAACAGUCUGUCGACUGUCAACCGGCGUGUUUUCAAGUUCAAUUCCCGUUUGUUGUCCGUCAACUUGCUUGGCAAUCCGUUCGUUUGCAACUGCUUCAUCACGGAUAUGUGGGACUGGGCUGUCCAAGUGAAGAACGAUCUGCACGUGUUGGUGGGCAGUCAACCGGCUAAUUUCGAAACCGGCGCAGCGAAAUUGAGAAAGAGCCUGUCCUGCACCUACGACGACGACACUUAUCGCCAGAUCGAGCAAGCUCGCGCUAGCGGUGAUCGUCCAUCGAGGAAAGGUGACUUGUCCCGCACCCGUACCUGGGCGAAAUACGUUCGCGAGUCGAACUGCGGCCGCAGUUUAUGAUACACAGCGAACAAAUUUCAACAUCCGAUACUGAAUUUCUUUUACGAGAAGACACACAGCAGAAGACGAAGAAGCGAGUUGUAACUUGUAUGUUGAAACUGCAAGGCGUAUGCAAUUAUACUAUACACAUUUACACGUGUACAUAUAUAUAUAUAUAUAUAUAUAUAAUUAUGCGCCAUGUUGUUAAGUAAGACUUAUCUAUUCCCCGAACGAAGCCAAAAAAACGUCCCUUUUACUUCUACGAGGCAUAUGACUUUAUUUUUCUAGCUGGUUUCAAUAGGAUUAAGAUGUAUCGCAUGUAAGGCGCAUGUAUCGAACAUGUUGAAAAAUUUUUAUAUACGCGGAGAUAACUUGACCUAGCGUUACAUUUCGUUUGAAUGGAAUCUAUGUAUUUUGUGUAUUUUCGCGCAUUGUCAUCCUCGUAAAAUCAGGAGAUGGUGAUCGAUCGUUCUUUCAGAUUGGAACGAUGACCAUCUUCGAGGAGUUCUUCCACAGUUUGAGGGGAAACGUAUUUAUACGCUUCGGGACGUUGUACUUGUAUUUCUUGUCGAGGAGCGGGGCAAUACGUCCAAUGUCGGUUGGACGAUGAUUAAUGUAAUGCGAGGGGUGAUAAAGGAAAAAAUAUUUAUCGAUCGUCGGAACAACGGGAGGUUUCUCGAAUUAUCAAUCACCCUUUUACUUCGAGUCUCUUUUGUGUUUCGCUUCUUCUUUUUUUUUUUUCUUCUUUUCGCACAUUGAUACGAGAAUUAAUGAUCGAAAUGUAGAGACCACUCGUCGUUGUUCCGUUGAUGACAACAAUGGUGCCGUGUUUUUUAAUUAAUUUCGCUCGAAUCAAUCGUGUCAUUCGCUUUACAUUCGCGUCUUACAUGAAUAAUGGAAAUUGAGUCGAAUCAAUUAAUUACGUUAAAAAUGGUAACAAGAAAGAUUGUUCAAUUAAAUAAUGCGCGUUAAAUCAAAAAACAAAUAACUCGUGAUAAAAUGAGGAAAUUCUUGGAAGAAGUUUAAUCUUUGAAGCAUUGAAAUCGAACAUAGAUUCUAUUUAAGCAUUAAUGAAUAAUAUGAAAUCGUCGUCAAUUAUCUUCGCGCAAUUGCGUGGGUAAUUAAUACAAGAUUUUUGCACGCUCGUAAAUACUUUUCUAUCUGUUAUUUUUAUGUUAUUAUAUGCGAGCAUGUUACGUAAAUGGGUAUGGAUAUCGCCAGAUAUGUUAUUUCCAUUUAAAAAAAUAUUCAGUUGUUCAAAUUAUUAUCCUUCAACUGAAUUGUAAUUGAUAUUGAUCAUAUUAUUUCUUUUUUAAACGAAUUGAAAUAAUUCAUAAUUUGUUAACACAGUUCCACUUAUAACUUCUAAUCUUAUAAUUUGUCGUUUAUAAUUUAAAUUCUUUUCUUUUUUUUGUAUUAAUAAUUAAAUAAUUAAUAAUUUAAUAAUUUAAUCUAAUUCUGUUUUGUUCUAUUAAUUGAGGAUCAAUUGAUUUCAUAAGAUUUAUCAUUUGUUCUUUUAUUAUUAUUGUUAAUAGUAUAUUAGUUUAAAUUAGUUUCAUUUUUGUUGUUCUUUAUAGUAUAUUUAUUAAGUUCAAUACUUGAGUGUAUUUAGAUUAUUUUAGAUUAUAAUUAUCAAGAAUGAUAUUAUGUUUUUUCAAUUGUUAUUAGUUUGCAGUUACGUUAAAAAACAUUUGUCUUCUUUUAAAGUUGAUUUUCGUUUAUGUAUUCUUCUAUAUUUUUCUUUUGUAAUUAUUUGCUAUAUUCUUGUUUGAACCAUGAAGUGUUCUCUGGCGGUGUUCAUAUAUAAAUAUAAAAUACUCUUAAAAAAACUUUGAUUCUCAUUCCUAAUUCUUUCUUUUCUUUGAAAAUUUAACAGAGACAAUUUAAAUCUAAUUUACAUAUUUUAUUAAAUUAUAAAACAAUGAAUAUGUAAAUCAGAUUUUUAAUCACGAGUUCACAUAAAAACAAACAUGAAUAAAAUCAGAUGCCGAGACGAUUUCACUAUAUUUAUGAAAUGUAUAAGACUGUAUUUAAUAAAGAAAUCAUUUUCUUGGUA